AUUAGAUUUUCAUCGUAAGGAACACAAGGCCGACUUUUGCAAAUUUCGUUCUUUUUCAACUUCCUUCGGUGGGUAAACGUGAAGUCACCGUAAAUUUUUCAUGAUGAAGCUGUGGUUAGCAGCACUGAUUUUAACAUUUAGUUGCUUUUUGCCAUCUUUUGGUGAAGAAGAGACAGAUGCAAGAUUGUUAGCCUCAAAAAAUAUCCUCAAUCAAUAUUUAGUUGAAGGAAAGGAUCUUACAGUUGAAUACAAAAUUUUCAAUGUUGGCAGCAGGGUUGCAUUUGAUGUGAUCUUAAAUGACAAUAGCUUCCCUGAGACAUCAUUCAGUGUUGUUCGAGGUAGUCUUAAAGUUGAAUGGGAAAGAAUUGCACCAACCUCUAAUGUGACACAUGCAGUAAUUCUGCGUCCGUUGAAGUCAGGUUAUUUCAAUUUUACCUCUGCAGAGUUGAGUUAUCUUACUUCAGAAGAUUCAAGAGAAAGAACUAUUGGCUAUACUAGUUUCCCUGGUGAAGGAGGUAUUGUUCCACAAAGAGAAUUUGAUCGCAGAUUUUCUCCUCAUGUGCUGGAUUGGCUUGUCUUUGCUUUUAUGACUCUGCCUUCCUUGGGAAUUCCAUUCCUUUUGUGGUACAGUUCUAAGAGUAAAUAUGACCAGUCAAAGACAAAGAAGAACUGAAUUGCAGCUAUCUGUUCCUGAGUGUUUGUGUACUGUGAGCAUUUUAUAAGUUGAAAGAUUUUUAUUCUAAAAUGAAUUAAGUGUUAAAAGCAUGAAAGUGUACAUUACUAAAUUUAAGAUCAUUAGUUCUAUAAUGAAUGUGUUUUGAAGAAUGGACUUCAUUGUACUUGUAUGUUAAAUAAAAAAAAAUAUUAAA